CAGGCUUGACUUGUGAGCUGUCAUUCUGGGCGAGCCCUUUGUCUCUCCACUGCCCCUCCCUCCCUCUCCUGGCCGUGGGAUGGAAACAAGAGCGCUGGCUUUCCGCCGGGGAGAUGCUUGCACGCUGACAAUCCGCCGGGGGACGAGCGAGUGGCGCCUUCCUUCUGCCCGGGCUCCACGGAGAACAAGGGGCCGAGGAAGCGUCCACAGACAGGGAGAGCAGGAGCGCUCAGAAGGAGGCGCGCGCCUCUUGGCGGGAAUACGGCAGCAUCUCUGGAACUUCAGCGCGAGCCCGGUCCGGCCGGCCUCGUGAGGAGCGCCUCGCAGGAGCAGAAGCGCGAGGGACCCUAUCCGUGUCCCUCCUUCGCGGGCAUGGCUUUGAGGCGUCGCUGUUCUCAGGAGCAACGCUGGGGAGAGACCCAGCAAGCGGGGCCAGAGAGGAGCAAGAAGGGCAGCCAGGUGGGAAAGGAGAAGGAGGAGGAAGAGGGUGCCCAGAGGACGUGUCCCUGCAGCCAGCUGGCGGCGCUGCGGAGGCAGCUCCACUUCGCGGCGCUCAGGUUCAGCCAAUGCCUCAGCCGCCCGAAGAGCCGCCGCUGCUGCUGUCGCCAGGAAGAAGAAUCCAAGCUCUUAACCAUCAUGCUUCACAGAGAAAACAAUGCUUUGGGAUUUAAUAUUGUUGGAGGACAACUUAUCCAGGAUAAUCAGAUGGAAUCAGCAGAAGGAAUUUAUGUAUCCAGAAUCCUGGAAAAUGGGCCUGCAGACAAGAAAGAUGGUAUGCGAAUUAAUGACAAGAUCAUAGAGGUCAAUGGAAAAGAUCUGUCCAAAGCCACUCAUGAAGAGGCAGUGGAAGCAUUUCGUAAUGCAAAAGAGCCCAUAGUAGUUCAAGUUCUGCGGAGAGCACCUCUUAUUAAAACAUAUGGGAGCAUACAAGAUGUGCGGCUCAUAGAUGUUAGCACACAGACAGAUAUUACAUUUGAGCACAUUAUGGCACUGGCCAAACUUAGGCCAACCACACCUCCAGUACCUGAUAUCUGCCCCUUCUUGCUUUCUGACAGCUGCCACUCUCUUCACCCGGUUGAACAUGAAUUUUAUGAAGGUAAUGAGUAUCUUUCAAGUCUACCUGGUGAUGCAGAUAGAACUGAGGACUUUGAGUAUGAGGAAGUUGAGCUUUGUCGCAUUAGCAGUCAGGAAAAGUUGGGAUUGACAGUCUGUUACCGUACCGAUGAUGAGGAAGACACAGGAAUCUAUAUCAGUGAGGUUGAUCCAAACAGUAUUGCUGCCCGAGAUGGACGGAUUAGGGAAGGAGACCGGAUUUUACAAAUAAAUGGCCAAGAUGUCCAGAACCGGGAGGAGGCAGUGGCACUGCUCUCUAGCGACGAAUGCAAGAAGAUUGUAUUGUUGGUGGCAAGACCAGAGUUGCAGCUGGAAGAAGGAUGGCUGGAUGAUGAAAGGAGUGAAUUCUUAGAGGAGUUAAACUUGGAAAUGUUGGAAGAACAGCAUAAUGAAGCACAGCAGUACACAGGCAAUGAAGUGGAGCAGCCAAAGAAACAUGAAGAGGAAGAUGGCACCACAGAUACUGCUACCUCAUCAUCCAAUAACAACGAGAAAGACAGUGGAGUGGGUCCCACAGAUGAGAGUCAACGUAAUGAUGAGAGCUCAGAGCAAGAGAACCCACCAGAAGAGCAGAACAACACAACCUUGCAGAGUCCACAAGAAGUUGUACAAAGCCAGGACACUAUGGGAAGCAUUGAACUCCAGUGCAAACAAAGUCUAGUGUCUGGGGAAUACAUUCAGUCUGACUUUGUUGAUAAUCAGGAAGAGGACUGUGAAAGGUUUCGCCAGCUGCUGGAGCUCAAGUGUAAGAUCCGAAAACAUGGUGAAUAUGAUUUGUAUUAUUCCAGUAGCACAAUAGAAUGUAACAGGAGAAAGAAGAAUGGUGUUGAACAUGAACUUCAGCUGCUCAACGAGGAACUGAGGAACAUUGAACUUGAAUGUCAGAACAUUAUGCAGGCUCACCGACUCCAAAAGGUAAAAGAUCAGUAUGGAGACAUUUGGGCACUACAUGGUGGUACAUUCACAAAUUAUAGCACCACAAUAGACCUUCAAGGGGAAAAACUAGAUGACAUAAUAGAGCACCCAGAGAAAUCAGACAAAGACAGCUCCAGUGCUUACAAUACAGCAGAAAGCUGUAGAAGCACUCCACUGAAUGUAGAACGAUCUCCUGACAGCUCUCUCCAGCGCAUGAUUAGCAUCACCAACAGGAAAAACCUCAGGAGCACCAUUGUGGCUAAUCAGCUGUCUUCGAGGCAGAGUACCACGGAGACAACCCCCAACAAAGCCAAAGCUACUGAACAAAGCAGUUCUGUUGAAAAAAAAGAAACUGUUUCAGAAAGUAGUAAAUCAACAGAGCGAGACAAACAAAGCCCUGAGCAUAUUCCUUAUCUGUCUCCCUAUCAUAGUUCUCCAUACAGGUAUGGGAACAUACCUGCACAUGCUAAGCAUUAUCAAAGCUAUAUGCAGCUGAUACAACAAAAAUCUGCUGUGGAGUAUGCCCAGAGUCAACUCAGCCUAGUGAACAUGUGCAAAGAUUCACAAAAGGGUACAGAGCCCAAGAUGGAAUGGAAAGUUAAACUAAGGAGUGACGGAACAAGGUAUAUCACAAAAAGACCUGUAAGAGACAGAAUCCUGAAGGAACGUGCCUUAAAGAUUAAAGAGGAGCGCAGCGGGAUGACAACGGAUGAUGAUACGAUGAGUGAAAUGAAGAUGGGUCGUUAUUGGAGCAAAGAGGAGCGGAAGCAGCACCUGGUGCGAGCCAAGGAGCAGAGAAGGCGCCGGGAAUUCAUGAUGCGUAGCCGGUUAGAUUGUCUUAAGGAGAGUCCCCAAAGCAGCAGCGAGGGCAAAAAAGAAAUUAACAUCAUUGAACUCAGUCACAAAAAGAUGAUGAAAAAGAGGAACAAGAAGAUCUUGGACAACUGGAUGACUAUCCAGGAACUCAUGACACAUGGUGCUAAAUCCCCAGAUGACACAAGAGUGCACAAUGCUUUUUUAUCAGUUACUACCGUAUGAAUAUGUCUGUUUUGAAAAAGUCUACUACCAGUUUCGGUAGUGUGCAAUUGCCUCGUUCAAAGUGGCAUUUUUUAAAUAUAUUUUGUGACUGUUUAUAGUUUGACCUUUUUUGUAAGAAAAUUACUUGGUAAUUUUACAUUUGCUUUUCAUACAAUAGUAUUUUCUUUAACUGGUAAUUUUGCAAUUUUUCUUUACUCUGCAAUAUAUACAUAAUGCUCAUUUCUAUUAAAAAGACUCAAAACUUUUUAAAGGGAGUAACCAAUUACUUUCAUACAGAAUUUUAUGUACUGAAGCUUACUAACUAGGUUUUUCCUCUAGUUUCCUUUUUUAAUACUUUAUUAAUACUACAAUGCCAAAACAAAAUGCUUUAUACCUUAUCCUUACUAAUUGGCAGCUUAAUUUUUGUAGCAUUGUAUGUUCCAUCAACUCAUAAUUCACAAACCACGUCUUCUCAUGAAGCUUCUGAAUGACAUCUUGUCCAACAGCACAUUGUACAGUACAUCUCUUUUUUUAACUUGAAAUUGUCUUUGUCCAAGUAAAGUGUUGGCGAGGAAUUCUCCCGUGAUAUGUAAUGGCAUUUGUUGUGUAGCUAGGUAAUGUGUAAUAAUUGUGACGAUCAAAGAGAAAUAAAUUAUUUCUUAUCUUUAA